AUUUGUAGGACCCAGUGUCGUACGUAACUGUGAUUAUACCGGAAAGAAAUCGGAAAACUAAUAACGAACUUGUUUUACGGAUUAUUGUUGAUGUGUGCAGAUUUUAUUUAAAUCAGCAAGCCAACGGCCAACAAAUCUUCUGAAAAGGGUUUGAAAAUUGGUGUCCAUGUGUUUGUGUCGCCACUUGUACCGGCAAUGUAUCAACAGCGCUUCUUGUAUUGGACUAUCAUCUGAUACAACAUAGGUGUGUCGUCAGCAGUAACCUGAUUUUUUCACUUGACAUCACGCAUUAAAUGGAUUCGAUUCUAGUCCAAAGAGGUCACCAGUUUGAAGAAGAUCCCAUUUCUAGAGUUAUAGAGGAAUGGCAAAAGCAGUGGCAGCAUCUAUCCAACCGAAUAAAACUUGUGAAAGAAAAUCUGUUAACAUACCCUGAAGAAGUCGAAGCCCAAAUGCAUACACUGGAGAUAAACUGUGAUAUUCUGGGCAAUCAACAAAUUGAACUUGCACGACUUCUAAAGAAUGAUACGACUGAACAACUAAGGAAAGAUAAUGACGUUAAAAGACGUUGUAGAAACAACGAAAAGACAUUGGUUUUUGAGAUUGAUGAGUUAACACACCAUAUAGAGCACUUACAAAAGCAGAUCAGCACAUUAAAAUGCUCAAAUAUACUUCAAGAUGAGCAGAUGAGAUUCAGCGUUAAAUACUUAGAGGCAGAAGUGACAAAGAGAGAGACGCUUAUUGGUGUGCUCAAGGAAAGGCUACGGUAA